AUGCUGUCCAAGUCUUUCUCCCUUCUCGCCUUUGGCGCUCUGGCAUACGCCCAGGAGCAGGUCCAAGAGGGUGCUCCUGCGCCGGUCGUCCUCGCGACCGCAAAGUCUGGUGUCAUUCCCGCCACUCCAACCGCCACUCCAUUCACUGGCGUCGACACAAUCCAGGGAGCCAUCGUCUCUCCCCUUCCGCCUGCGCCUGGCUACCUCCCAGGUGAGACUGGUGGUCUCGAGGGUACUGCAACCGCGUCUUCCAACCAGCCCUCAGCCACCUACCGCGCCACCAUGCCAGAGGUGCAAUACAACCCCUUCGUGGGCAGCACCAUCUCCGGUUCCAUCCAAGCUGUGGGUGGUGCAGGUGGUGUCAACUUCACCGUCGACCUGACCAACCUACCCGACCAAGCGCAAUUCGGCCCAUUCGCCUGGCACAUCCACGCCAUGCCCGUCCCCUCCGACGGAAACUGCACAGCAACUAUGGGCCACUUGGACCCUACAAACCGUGGCGAGCUCGUCAUGUGCGACUCCGCGCAGCCUGAGACGUGCCAGGUUGGUGACUUGGCUGGAAAGCACGGCGGCAAGAUCAUGACGGAAGGAAGUUUCACUACUAGCUUUGUCGACCCGUACCUCAGUGUUGAGCAGGGCAGUGCUGGAUUCUUCGGUGGAUUGGCGUUUGUCUUGCACACUGGCAACACUACGAGGAUUACUUGCGCGAACUUUGAGAUGGUCGGUGGCAACGGUACUUCUCCCAAUGGCACCAUGGCCAUGCCCAGCCCCACUAGCAGCGACCCAGCUGAGUACACUGGUGCUGCUACCAAGCUUGGUGGAGGUGCUGCUGCUCUUGCGGCCGGUGUCUUUGCCGCGAUGAUGCUGUAG